CUAAUGUGGCUGGGUCUUUUGGCAGGUGGUGCUCACAUUGCAACAUGUCUUUCUAUCCCUGAGAUCUUUAUGCUGUAGCAAAAUGCCACCAUGCUAUCUACGGCUUCUGCUGAUCUUGCUGGUCCUGCAUGCAGGGACUGUGAACAACAUUUCUGGGAUACGCUGUUCAACAAAAAUCAAGGACGGCACGGAUGUUCAAAUUGAGUGCAGCUUACCUGUGGAUAAUAAGGUGGCUCAAGUGAACUGGAUGAAGAUACAGGAUUCAAAAAGAACACUGAUUGCUGUGUAUCAUCCCCAGUUUGGUUUGCAUGUCCAUCAUAACAGUUCCAAAGUAAAACUCAACUUUCAGUCCAGCACACAGAUGGAGCUGAUUGUGAGCAACUCAGAUGGUGUCAAGAACAGCACCUUUUGUGGUGAAUUUCACAUGUUUCCUGUUGGGAUUGUGGAAGAAUGUGCCAUCAUGGAUAUGCCAGAUCAACAGUAUACAGUUGCUGCUCCUUCACAUCUCAAAGUUGUGACAGCUGUUGUUGUACUGCUCUGCAUCCUGCUGCUCGGUGUACUGGGCUGUUUCAAGCUGAGAAGAAUGACAAGGAUGAAGCUCUUUGAUGUGCGGCAAGUAUUUCUGGUUGAUUCUGAGGCCAAGACAGCAGAACCAGAAGGUGGUGAAGUCUCCAGGCUUUAUAUGAUGAUUAAUGCAGACUAUUUUAGUGUCCAUGAAGCCAAUGCAGGGAUGGAAGAGAAGGACCUGCAGCAGCUUUUGCCAGUCUCUCUAGUCUCACCUAGCUUACAGAAUGGUAAUGAGAGUUAUUACGCAUUGAGAGAAGGGAAACCGACCACAUCUUCCCAGCAGUGCUGACCCAUCUCUUGGUUCCCUGGUUUCUGUUCAGCAUCCUCUUCUGGCUGGCAAAGCAAUAGCUUUAUUAUUAUUAGUGUCCUUUAUGGAAAGACAUAUUGGGUGUAGCUUGAGAUCAACAUGUAUAAAAGAUCUGAUGACACACACUUAAGGAAGGAAAAGUGGCAUCCCAUUUUUUACAAACACAAAGAAGUUAGGUGGGGUAGGUCUCCUACGUGACCCUCUCAUUGUUAUCCAGUACACAUAAUUAAAUACUCGUGACUGUGAAUUUGACCAUUUCAGACAGUCAGUCUGAAUAGUGGUUAGACAUGUAGGCAGGCAUCUCUCUUUCUAUUGUGGUUAGAAGUACAAGUACUCUUACAUUACAUGCCCACCUAAGCAGUACUGUGUUACAAAACAGGUUUUUAGUAGUGGCCUGUGGGCAAAAAUUAACACAGAGUAGGAGCAGUAUUAAGAACAAGGUCAGGGGUCCUGUAGCCUUCUUCACUAGCCCUGUAAUUUGUGCGUUAAUUAUUGUUGAAUGAGCUUUGUUGGUGAGAGACUGAAUAAAGGUGAGUCCUCCCACUACACGGCAGCAACAUUAGAUACCUUCCAAUACAGCAAUGAUCUGCGCUGUGCUAGGGCCAUCAUAACUCUGAAUUUAAGAGAGUGAAUGGAAAGAUAGAUGGAUGGAUGGAUGGAUUUUUCUAGACCACCUGAACUAGAUUGGUUCUCUUUUUCUGCAUAUUAACAUUUUACCUAUAAGAGGAGGCUGAUUAGUUAUUUUUUACUUAAAACUGGAACUAGUACUAUUCUGUGCAAUAGCAGGUAGAAAUGAAAAAAUAGUGAUAUUGGAAAGAUUGUAAGAGGAGAGAAUGAGAAAGAAAGGCUUAAGGACAGCCGUUAAAUAUGAGCUAAAGGUCAAUACUGGGAGUUCAAGAAGAAGCCAAUUAACAAAUCCAAAAAGUCUGAGUCCAAGUUUGAGUCAGAAGAAAAGCCAGAAAGUCUAAACCAGUGGUUUCCAAACUUGGUCUUGGGGACCCACAGUGGAUCCAACCAGAUUCACAACCAGUGAUAACUGAUUUCAUUUAAUUAGCUGGUCUUUUUUCUCCUCCCUUGUUCUACAUUCAGAAAGGCUCAGCAGUAUGGAUUUUAAAUUUAUAAGACAUUUAUAAAUAUUUCUGUUUUUGCUCUAGCUUUAAAUGCUUAUCUCUCUUUUGUUGUUUCUAUCAGUUUUCCCCUUUUCAGGUGUAGUGUGCCCCCUUUACUGUAUCUUAAUAAUGACAAUUAAAAACAAGCAGGCCAGACACCUGGAGAGACAACACCGAAGUCUGCAGCUACUUCAGCAUCAUUCCCACUAAAUUAGUAAGUAAUGGACUUAAUAAUUACAUUAUCCCUGUAUAGCAGCUUAAUACAAAAUGUAGCAGUUUUAUAAUUUCUACAUUGACCCAUAAACACAGAAAGUAGGAAUGGACACCUCACUUAAAGAGACUAGGAGUGCAAUUAAAAACCUGCAGCCACAGGGAGUUCCCUGGACCAAGUUUGGGAACCACUGGUCUAAACUAUAAUUAGAUGCAAGUGUUCCCUACAAACAAUGAAAAUCACAAACUGCUUUUAGUUUAAUUUUUAUCCAAAUACUUUGAUGCUUAUAUCUGGGCACCAUCAUAGUUAAUAUGAAAACGCAUGUGACAUCAUGGUGAUGUAAUAUCCUGCCAUGUAAUUAGCAAUGCCCAUUCAAACCACAAACAAGAUGGUAGUGCCAGUGAAAACAAAAUUCAAAAUGGCUGCAGUUGCAAUCAAACUGUUGUGAUCCAUUAACCCGAAAUAGCAAAAGUGGUAUGAGGCCUCCAAUAGCAGGCAGGGAAGCAGGCCAGAAUUCUUACAUGCCAAGAAGUUGAACUAGAAGGCAGCCUGAGUUCCCAUUUUAGUGGCUGGCUUUGGCCUACAUCAUGGCAAACUGCACUUCGCUUCAACAGUUCAAAAAUAAAACAAUACUGACAAAAUUUAGUCCAAGCCCCACCAGAGUGAGGAUGACAGUAAACCUCCAGCUUGUAGAUGAAAGGCCAAACAAUGCAUUUUUCUAAAACGAUAUUUAUUUUAAAAAAAAAUCACAGGAAAUGCUCAAAAGAUAAAAAAAUUUCCAACUAGGCAAUUUUUGGAACAACCAAGUUCCAAACACUAUGCAGAGAUCCCAAGAACAGAUGCUAAAGAGUCAAAAAGUAAAUAAAUAUAAGAAAUUGCAACAGCUAAAAAAGGAAAACUCAACAUCCACCAACUACAUACAAUGUUACACAGAAGGACUGCAGUUCCCAUGAGUCUUUAUAGGGUGGGGAGCAGUCCAUCACUGGAGAUUGACAGGUGGGCCCAUCUCUUGGAAACCAACCACAUAACACAAAAGACAUGGCAGAAUAAGUAAGGGUCCAUACGUAGAAACGAAAAUGAUAAAAAAUAAAUAAUUAUACAAAUAAUAAUAAGCAACUACAAUAACAUAAAUGAUAAUAACCAAAUGACCAAAAUUUACUAGUACAGCAUUUACAAAUUAACAGUAAUUUACACAUAUGCCAGAGUAGCGAUUGUGUCUUAAACGUAAUACAAACAAAUUGGCACCCUGAGAACAAAGCAAAAGCAGCUGUGAAGAAAAUAGCCCGUUUUCAAUCAACCAAGCAAUCGAGCAAUCUACAGUAUACAUCCAUCCACCAAUCGAUUUACCAGAAAGGAUCAAUCUGUUUAAACGAAAAGCUCCUUUCAUACACAACACCAUUAUAGUACACUUUUCAAAGCAUAUACAACAGAAUGCAGAAGCAGCAUCAGAUAAUAAAUUUGACCACAAAAACUCCUUUAAGUAGUUCAGUUUUGUCUCAGCAGAUAGGCCCCAUGGUUGUUGCUGGCGAGAUGAUAAUUCCUUCCAUGUGCACUGUCAAUGAUGAAGUACUGCACUCAAAUGUGUGAUAGCAAUGGCUCCAUAUGGCUAGAGAAAUGCAAGCAAUUUAAUUGGAAAGUGAGCUAAACUUCGCAAAAUAAAUCUGUAAUGACCUCCUUAUGGCAGAUGAUUCUGGUUUAAUUACUAUUCUCAUCCUUCUUGAUCUGAGU